AUGCCAGCGGGGGGACGGGGAAACACAGGCGGGGAAUGCGGUGAAAAUGUGGGAGGCGGCGUGCAUCUGCACCUCCUCCUGCUGAAGUUUGAGGUGCCGGACGCAGUAAAGGGUGCAACUGACAAUGCGGAAUUGCUGCGGUCUUGGCAGCAGAUAUGUGGAGUUGGUCUGGGGCCAUUCAUAUUUCUCUGCGGUCGCCGCACGACGAAUGAGGACGGCGGCUUUCACGUCGUCGUUCGGCGGCCAAUUGAUAUGCAGCUGCCGCUUCUGGUGGAGCGGUGCCUCAGGCAUGCGGAUCUGAGAAGACGAGACCGCCGGACGCCGCGACUGCGAUUUGUGCAGUUCACCCCGCUGCGAGGCCCGCAGCUGCAGCUGCUGGGGGAUGUGGUCGAGGGGCUGACACUGUUUGUCACGGAGGAAAAACUCGUGACGGUGUCGUCCGCCACUGGCCAGACAGUCACGGACGACAGCGAAGAAGCAAACGGAGAAACAGACGAGGUGGAGAAGUUAUCUGCCGCGGAGGAAACAUUUCUGUCUUCACUGCUUCAACAGACGUCUGCAUGGAGUGUGGAACUUUUGAACCGCUGCGGGGUACUGACAGGUGGCGGGGUCUCGCUCUCCAAAGAGUUGCGCGGUCGGGGGGACGUGGAAAUGGCUGUGCGAGCGCUGCGUUACCUGCAGCAGGCCACGUGCGCCAGACCGCGGCAAAAAACAACGAUGGACAUUGUUGGGAUUGUGGUGGAGUGGGCCGCGCUGAUGUACAGUGCUCUUGCCGCGUACCCACCUCCACAAGAGCACGUGAAACAUGCUGGGGAAGCGGAGGGGGCUACAUCCACUUGGGCACCUCCAGCGAUGCCGCCCGCGCAGGAGUUUCUCGCGGGGAGGGGCGAAAGCAUGUUCUCGCAGGAGGAACAAUUGGGCUCACCCCAACGCCUAACACCUCCACACCCACUGCAUCCUUCACACUUGUCCUCCCCAUUGGGUCCUGACGACCUCACGAUGGACCGAAGAGACGGUAGGGGCAGCGGCGCCAGUGAGGAGGCGGGGUGGGAUGCCAUACCUCCGCAGACGCAAGGGAAUAUCCCGAUUCCGCGGCAGAUGCCGAGCUGUGCAGUGACGGCAGCUAAGGCACAUAAUUUACCGUUUAUGUCGGUUUGCAGCGAGGUGCUUGAGGCGGCCUUCCACCUCCAGCAAAACGGUACACAAUGCAAGCCGUCGCACGUCAACCACUCAGUGGGUGGUGGUGGGGAGCAGGUUGGGGGGGAGGACGGAGGCCUGGCCGUUGUUGGCGCAGCCCCAGCGACGCAACUCAGUUGUCGCGAGGGUUCUAUUCAAUCCACGUCUGGCAGCUGUGGCGGUGAGGAUGAUUUUCUUCCGUCCCUCAUCCAUCGCCUUGUUUCAGUGUGUCACGCCCCCUCGAACAGUCGUCUUGCGGGCCGUCUCUCACGGAUUGCAGCAGGGGACUUUUUUCCGAGCCACAAGAUGUUAGAAAAGGCAGAUCUACUUCGUCAGCGUCUCGGCAGAACCCUCGUGGUGCGCUUCUACGACCUCGACCCGCAGAAGCCGCCGCUGCACCGCCACCAGUCGUGUUUGCAUGAUGGCCCUACGGCGCAGUCGAGUUCCUUCGCGGCCUCGGUGGCCGCUGCCGGAUUUUUAAACAGCACGGAGCACCCAUGUUACAUGUUUCUCACACACACAGACAUCAUUCUGGUCAGCGCGUUUGACGCCAACUACCCACCGUCGUCGUUGUGGGUUACCAGCAACAAGAACAGUACGGCAUUCGAUCUCGCCCACAACGAAAAAAGUAGUAGUAGUAGUAGUAGUGGUAGCUGCCGCGACGAUAAUAAUGCCGCUGUUAGUGAUCACGGAAGCAGGCGCAGGGAUGACGCUCCGAUUUGCAUGCAGCACGUGUUUGUGAUUCCCCGCGUCUCACUGAUGGGGAUUAGGCGGUUGCACAAUACGGCAGAUGCAGGUAUGGCAACUCUGCUGCGGCUCCAGACACGAUCCUGCCGCCGGAUUUGGUUGGCCUUUCAGGAGGCCAGCGAGCUGCAACACGUUUACCUGGAGCUCAACAGCGGAUUGCAGACAUCGUCUGGCAAUCGCUUUUUGGCCAGCGCUCAGCGGAACUGGCGCAUGACAGCCCUCACUCUCGUCGCUGGUGACGUUCUGCCCAUCCCACACACGCCGUUCUAUCAGCAGGUGCUACAGAACCUUCUUGCCGCCUUUGCAGACGUGGAGUCCCGUCGGGAACACACGCCUACGGCCUCUGCUGAGCCGCUUGUCGCCUCGGAUAGCGCAGGUGGCGCCCCGUUGGCAGUGGCGAAGGAGGAGGAAGACCUCGACGUUGGUCAGGGGGGGCUGAAGACGUUGUCCUACUCCUGGUGGUUGUAUUCCCCGAUGCGGGAGUACGUGCGUCAGGGCAUCCCCUCGCGACAGUGGCGGCUGUCAAGCGUCAACAGCCGCUACCAGCACUUCCCCUCAUACCCUGCCAAGUUUGUCGUGCCAGGCUGCUUGAACGAUGAUGCGUUGAUUGAGUCGGCGAGCCUGCGGACGCGGAUGCGGGUGGAGGCGCUCUCCUAUUACUGCUCGAGCACAGGUGCUGGUAUUGUUCGUGCGGCGCAGCCAGCGGCCGCCAAUAUUUGCGCCUCCGCAUCUAAAGUCGAUGCCGUGAAGUUGUACCGUCGGGCCUGUGGCAUGCAGGUGUGCACAUUUGACCUCCGCAGCCGAAUCACCGCGUACGCCAACACCGUUCUUGGAGGCGGCUUUAGCAUGGAGACGGGGCGCUACUGCCACCUGUCAAACAUUCACGUCGUGCGAGAGGCGUACGAGACACUCAUUGCCGCGGUGCUGGACAGCAACCCCUCAUUUCUUGCUGUUAUGUUGGCCGCAGGUAAGAUGUCCACCUCACGCAACGAUACGUCAGCAUCUGCCACUCCGUUCGGCUCCUCGGCUACGGUUGAGUCACCCGUGAAGGCGGCAGACGUGUGGAAUGAACACAUCCAUGGACUGCUCCGCACCGCCACAGAUGCCGCACGCCUUAUAACGGGUGUUUCAGAGGGCGACGCCCUCGCGCCCGCCAUCCCCGGCACGGCAGCAGACACACUACUGAGUGGCAGGAAUGUAAUGGGGGGGGGUGUAUCACCCAGAAAAUUGAUGAGUGGUAACAGUGGGAACGUUGGCGGGAUCAGUGAUCGCCUGAUUCCUCGUUCCUCCACCGUGUAUGUAUGGAAACGUGCAUUUAGUGCGAUCCCCUUCCGUAAUAGUAGAUGGAGGAAUAGCGGCGACGAUGGUGAUGGCACAUUCUGGCGCUUGGCACAGAAGCAGAUGAGUGCGCAACCGCCGCCGUCAUACACGCAGCUGGAUAACCGCAAGCAUGCACAGCUGGUUAUCGUUAACUGUUCUGAUGGCUGGGAUCGUACCUCGCAGGUGUGUGCGCUGACACAACUUCUUGUUGAUCCCUACUUUCGUACCAUGGAGGGCUUUAUCACGCUGCUGGAGAAGGAGUUCGUGUCCUUCGGGCACCCCUGCCUCUUGCGCUCCUCCACGUUGCAGAGCCACAGCGAGGCGGGCGUGGGGGCUGCGGUGAUGGAUGGAUCCUACGUUGGUGUCCACGACAGCCACAGAGGCCCCGCCUUCGAAAACUGUCAGAGCUCGCCCAUCCUUUUGCAGUUCCUCAACGCCGUGCAGCAGCUGCUGCGUUUGUACCCACACUGUUUUGAGUUUACGGAGACUUUUUUGCUUUUAAUUGUGGAUCUCAUGCACGCCGGCAUCCUUGGCACAUUUGCGGUAAACUGCGAGGGCGACGUGCUUCGCUGGGGGGUAGAGCAGCAGACGCUGUCACUCAGCCAGUUCUGCGCCGUGUUGUUCGCCACAACAAUUCGCACCGGUAGCAAUCCCCUUGUUGAGACCACCGAAAAUGGCGAGGGUAGCAGUGAGGUGGAGGAGCACACCGGGUGUGGCUCGCCGGCAUCUCCCGCUGUGCCUCUGCGAUGCUUCUACCGGUCGUGCGGCGGCGGGGCGACGUUGCCGGGUGUUGGCUGUGGCUCUGCCGACAGUGCGCCACGCCGUAUACCGGUGUCGUACGACGCCAUGUGUCACUCCGGCCUGUUAAACCCGCAUUUUUCCCUUGCCGAUAACAAACUCCUUUUCGGGCCUCUUGUGGAUGUGGUGCGUCCGCUGCAGCUGCAGCUGUGGGAAGGGUUCUUUCUGCGUCACAGUUUUUGGUGCGAGCGGCCAGCCAAACUGCGGCAGUUCAGUGAGCAGAGCUCCUCCACCGUGCACGCGACUCUCGUGGCAGCUACAGGAACGACGAUGGCAGCGCCUUCGUUGGCGUUUGCGUCGGCGACGGCACUGAAGCUGCUGCCCGUGGGGGGGGAGAGGCGACCGCAUACGACCCCCACGGCCGUCUUUCGGCCCACCGACCUGGGUGAUGUCCCGUCUCUCAGGAUGCAUAGUGCCGUUGCUGCCUCCCCACAGCUCAACAUGACACGAAGGACGAGUACCAGUGGCAUAUCAACGUCAUCCCCACAAGGGACACAAAUUAACCCAAUUCUAAUUGGGGGACGCGCAGACGUGGCCAGAGGCGGAAAUCCGUUUGUCCCAUGCACACUCCACUGCGACGCCUCGUGUGGGUCGCUGGCUACCUUCUCCUCUUCCCCCUCUGCGGGAGUGCAGUCGUUAGAGCACCUCCAGAAACUGCCGUCAACGUCGCUGUACCAGCGUGGUUCCAUCGGCGUCGUCAGUACGGUGGGAAGUGCCAUGAGCGAUCACUGUAAUCCCCUUGCCGACGGUGCAGUGUUAAAGCGACAAUCACUGGCCACGCUGCCGAGUGGCGUCGAGUCUCUGGGUUCGCCUCCUUAUGUUGGACUGAACGAGGGCCGAUACGCGCAGCAGAAGACAGCCCUCACGGAACCCGCGGGAGCGCAGGCGCACAGCUACAAUGCCCUUCUGGACGUCCUGGACCACGCCUUCAACUAG